AUGGAUGAGGCUAUCCAGACCACCCGGUCAGCAAUUGAGCGGUGUGAGGAUUUGAUGGCCCAAUGGCGUGCGGAACGCAAUUCCUCUUCUUUCGACCCUGUCCCACUGUUGAUCAGUUUGGCAGAACUACUCGAGGAACAGAUCAACAUAUUUUUCAGCACCGAUCCAGAUCCAUUUGAUGAUCGCCAUCCACUUCGCACCGACUCUAGUUGUGAUCUGGGACAAAUCCUCCGGCUACUUUCCACUCACGAGGCGUUUCUAGAACGCAUAACAUAUGUCUAUCUUGUUGGGUCUAACGACCCGGCGGACCGGCUCGUUGUGGCUGCCUCUCGUUUACUGUGCGCUAUGAGACUAGGCGUGACACUGUCUUUCACGUUGGACGAUGAGAUCCCCGUAGUUGUGCAACGACUGACAGUGUUUGCGGAUCAGCUAAAGCGGGAAUUAGCUACAGCUGCCCCAAGCAGACAAGAUUUGGGAAUGAACAAUCUCUUGGGCAGCUUUCACCUUCACAACUUGACUACGGAAAUGAAAGUCCGCCUGUCUAUUGCUUAUUUAUUGCCUAUCGCAGAAUAUCAAGAUUUGAUGCCUUUCAUGUACAAUGGCGGAAUACUCGACCUAAUCUACACAUUUAUCUCGACGGAGGUAGCAGCACGUGAUAUCCGCCUUACGUUUGAAGCCCUACGGCUUUUGGGGAACUUGAUGUGUCACCGCUGCGUUUACUUGGAGUUUGUGGAGAAGCAUGGAUUGGAAGCCGUUCUCAAGGUCCCAAGGCCGUCCGUAGCAGCAACGGCGGUCAGUGUGGUGCUGUACUACACAGCUUAUUUCGAAGACGCCAUGGAAAGGGUUUGCCAACUUCCUCACUCCGUGUUGUCGGAUCUGAUCAGAUAUGCACUCUGGUUGGUCGAAUGUUCCCAUCCGUCUGCCCGAUGUUAUUCCCUGUUCUUUCUCAACCUGGUUCUUUGUUAUGGUGUUACGUUUGAUCUGUUCGCUGCACAGAAUGGACUGGUUUACUUGUUCAAUGCGAUUUGUGUACUGCCCCUUCGUCUCACUGAGGAUCGGCCACCUACCUUGAAAGACACGACUUCUUGGCACGUCGUUCGAGCAAGUUUGUGUGCUAUUCGCCGGUUUCUGGAGAUCAGUCUAUUGCUGUGGAUUGACACACUUGAUCCCAGCCUGGCCAGUUUGUUUGAUGAACCCCCUCGUUCGGUCGCCGCAACCGGUUGUCGGCCCAUCAUUUAUACCACCGAGCAAAUGUCUCGUCUGAUCUCCCUGGUGAUUGCGCGUAUUCGACCGGAUACCUUAUGGCCACCCACCCAGCAGCUGAACGAACGUGGGGCUGUGGAUGUGUUGUACCGUAUCAUCGCACGCAAUGUCUACGCCCACAACAGUUGGCCGUGCCGAAACGAAUGCACACGGCUUGCUGUGGACAUUCUGAACCUUAUGUCGCUAACCUAUGACCUUGCGGAUCAAAUAGCCAGUACAGAUGUUUAUUCGUUCCCGUCAGGCAUGAACACAGCUUCCGCGGCGUUCUUGAGUUCAUCCCCACUUUUUUUCCCACUGACUGCCAUCGGGGAUAGUCCCCGCUCCGGAGCGGGAUCGGCUGAUGUCACUGUACACCUACCUUCACCUAAUGCUCCAACUGGCAACAGUGGGAGUGGUAAUACCGGACGAAACGAACGUAGAGGUCUGCUGAAUCAGCUGUUGGAAAUUGUUGAGCAGGUUGGUUCGGGAGCCAGCGGAGCUUGGGACCUCGGACACACUGGACCCAACAGACCUCGGCGACGAAUUCGUGAUCACGAUGCAAGUAACGAAAAUGGCCCUAAUGGAAUGCGUUCGGGUGAGGGGCCAGCCAAUCAUGGGUCGGAUGGACAAGACACUGCAAUAGAUGGAACAGAAUCUAACAACGCAGAUGAGGCCACUGUGGAUGAGCGCGUAAAUGGCUUGCACAUUUCCCGUGAAGAUGAUGGCUGGGACGUCGCGGUUCACAAGGCUGUCUUGGCCUUUGUGUGCACGCUCGUCUAUCGUCCGAUUACCGAGCAUGAACAUCCAGAUAAUCCGAUCCCCGCUACUCGAGUACUUGUUCAAUUUUCUUCGUUACAUUCUGCAGUCGGUUUGGGUACAUCUUCGCCCCCAGGACAAUUUCGAGGUCCAAGUUAUCUGUCCUCGCCCUCAUUCAAGACGCCCAACCGGCUGACGACAAACACCGUAGGACGCUCAGCACGUAAACGCCGCCUAGAUGAGGGGAUCAUCCAGCCCUUAUUCGUGCCUACCGACACGGCAUCUCCUACUCCGUCUUCCCCGUUAUCACAGCCGCGACCCCAAAGUCCAGGUGGAUCCUCCCACAACACGAACACAUUUUCGGAAUCCGGCAUGCCAUCUCCAAUGGGCCGACACAAAUCUACUCAGUUAUUAUAUCGCCAAGCCCAUUUGUGGAACAUUGUUCGACGCCAGCACGGAAUCAUGGCUUUGUUAUUCCAUUUGGAGACUAAACAGCCCAUAUCCGAUGCGGAUAGUGUUCGAACACUAGCUUGCCGAGGACUGGUUGGACUGGCCCGGUCGGAGGAAGUUAGAAGCAUGCUUGCGAAAAUGCCAUUAUUCACAAAGGCUCUCCUCCAACUGUUGAUGAAAGAACCGGUUCUACCUGAUCGACUGACUCAACACGCCGAGUUUUGCCGAUACGCAACAAUGCUUAUACGGUUAGUUGUCGGCACUCUUUCUGAUGGCCUCCUCUCGGGUGAUAUGUCCUUGGAGCGUGUCCGACGAGCAGAAAUUGUGGCAAAGACGCGUAUCCAGUGGGAUCAGGAAGAAUUGCUGGAGCUCAUAUAUCGACACUUACAGUCGAAAGGACUCCACCGGACAGCGACUGUCCUUCAGCAGGAAGCCAAUAUCAAAGUUGUGCACCCCGCACCUUCUCAAGCUUCCACUUACGAUGAUUUCAAUAGACCGCCUGGCGAAACGCCUCCCUAUCAGCCUACACCUGGUUGUGUAGCAUCCGACCUUGGUGGCAGUGGAUCAAGCUCUCAAGCGUUUGAUACCAGUUUAAGUGCGCCGGAAGUUGUUGCCUCUGCUUCGGAGAUGACUGGGCCGUCCGGUGAUAGUGUUGCUGACCAACCACCGCCCACACCGAGUCUACGCCUCGUGAAGCUGCGAACACCAGUUCCAACAAUUCAAACACCGAAGCCUUACCGGGAUAGAUUCGAGCGGCCAAGUAUCCCCAACCUCUAUCUGAAGCCUGUCUCGAAUCAACCCGUUCCCGAAAUGACCCUUUCAAAAGUCGUCGAGUCGUUCUUGCUCCACCAACACGCCCAAUGCCCACACCCGGUAUCCGUGUGUCCCAAAUUUUCACUCUAUCACCCUCAUCGAUGUCCCGACCCUCGACCGAACAAACAGACCAAUUGCUGCCAGCGCUUUUCAUCAAGAGAAUCUCUUUAUGGCUCACUCAGGUUACGUCCUUCACGAAAAGAGGACCGGCACUUUUUACAUCGGCGGUUCCAACCCACAGCAGUAAUACGUGAAGCUGAGGACGAUCUUCUGACAGCCUGUUGUUUCUCGCUCACAGACGACGGUCUCUUCCUUGGUGCUACUUCCGGCGCGAUCGCUUGGGUCAAUGUAGAAGAAGAUGGCAUGCCUAUAGAACUAUUUCACGUUCAAACCUCCUCAAUCCAGCGAUUAUCCCAUACACGGGAUGGUGAACGGCUUCUCGUCUGCUCAGAGUGGGGCGAACCUGCCACAGUUGUUGCUCGCCUACGGUCUUCAGUCGGCAGUGGCUCUUCGAACAAUAGUCCAUGGGAAGCUGUCGGUGAAGACUUUGUUUUUCAUGUAUCAGAAGCUCGUCAUGCGGAAUUCAGCAACACUGGAACUCAGGAUCGCUUGGUUGCGACCUAUGGAAAAAUGGCUAAGGUUUUUGACCUAGGAACCGGAGCUAGAAUUGCUGACCUGUUCUCUGCGGCGAAGCAGAGUGGUUACAUGCUCAACAAGGCCACAUUCUCCCCAUCAGAUCAGCUGGUUUUGAACGAUGGUGUGGUUUGGGAUCUUCGCUGCAGCGGAACCAUUUCAUACCAAACUACUAGUGCGAUUCAUCCUGGAGGAUUUUGUCGACCAGUGCACAAAAUCGACAAGUUGCAGGAUAUUGUCUCCGGUGUGUUCCAUCCGAACGGUCUUGAGAUCAUUGUGGGCUCCGCUGUAUGGGAUGUGCGUACUUGGCGACUUCUGCACACGAUUCAGGCACUGGACCGUCUGGAAGUCCAAUUUAACGCGACGCAGGAUGUGAUAUACGCCGGCACCUUCGGCUGGGACGAUGAAGAAUAUGCGGAAUUAGGCAAUAAACGUCUAGUGAUGCAAAACAUGUUUCGCACCGUGGACGCACUCGACUAUAGUCUGAUCGCUUCAGUGGACGUGCGACACAGGAUUGAACAGCUUGCCUUGGAUACGACUGGUCAGUCACUGGCGUUGGUAGAGAAGGUGGGCGAGAAUAGUAGCAACGAGCCAAUCACCCAGUGUCGAAUCUACACAGUUGGCCGGAAGAGGGGUGAACGUGAACCUGACAAUGAGGAGGAAGAGGCCCGCGAGGAUGAAGACGAUGACGACGAUGAAGACAAUGAUGAGGAUGACGACGAGCUUCUGAAUGCGGAGACUGCGGAUGAGCUUGCACAAAUUUUAGACGAAUCUUCAGGAAGCGAUGGAACUAGCAGUAGCACGGAGAGUAGCGAUUGGUCAAACUCCACGGUAGGCUCCUUGGAUCGAGUACCUCAUCGGCGGUCACGCAGACUCCGGGCACGAGCACGUAGGUCCGAGGAGAACGAUGGUCCCCGUCGGAGCAGUGCCAGUGACCAGGUCUCCAACUCAGAGGUUGACGACAACCAACCUAUGGACCGGGAUGACGCGGAUAAUGCACAAAGCGAUUCAGUGUGGGAAACGAUGGACGAAGAAGACGCAUCGGACAGUUCCGUCUUCACAGAGGACGAUUAGUCAACCUACCUUGGUUGCUGACGCCACGCACUUCCUAUUUGCUCCGGAUUAUUUUUGCGUGCUUUCUCACGCUAUGUAUCUAAAUCCUCCGGAACCCUAUAGGAUUACAUUUAAAACAUUCAGGCUUUGUAAAAAGAGAUUCUCGAUUCACAUCUCACAUCCUUCAUUAUCAUCAGUGACGGUACGUGUACAUUUAUUGUUCUUUUCCUUAAUAAAGAUUCUGG